AUGAAGAUGGCUUUGAAACGUACUGACUGCUCAGCAUUAGUUGGUGAUUUGUUAUAUCCAGCGAACGAUGAGGGGAUAGAGGUUUGGAAGCGGAUACACAAAGUUUACGGUACCGUAACUGUGAACGGAAUAGAAGCUAUGAGCUUGAGCAUACUCAGAAAUCUUGUCAUUGAUGGAUGGCAGCAGCGUGUUGUGAGGAUAAUCAACAACCGAGAGUUGAGGCACAUCGCUGAAAUUUUGACGAUGACGGUUACCGGUCCAGAACCGCACUUUUGGUUUCAUAACAACACAAGUUUUUGUCAUCCAGUUAAUAUCAGGAAAAAAAUCGAGGCCAAACUAGGAUCGAAAAUUUCAUGGGACGAAAGAUGCCUAACUCGCUGUCCUGGAGGAUCUCUCAAUGCCAAAUAUUUGGAUGAUUUAGAUGAAAACUGCAACGUGGUCAGCGGUGAUCUUGUUAUUGAAGGGUUAAAAGAUAUGCCACCUCACUCUGAUAAGUUGGCUCAGAUCGAGAAAAUAAGUGGUCGUCUGGUUGUGAAAGAAAAUAGUGCAGUUUCUGACCUGUCUUUCUUGCCAUACCUGAAAGAAAUUGGCUCUCCGGGCAAGAAGGGCCCAAGCCUUGAAGUCGUUGACAAUAUGAAAUUCGCCAUGAAAGGCUUAGAUACGCUCGAAAAGAUUAAUGGUGACGUACGGGUAAUAAGCGAAAAGGAAACGGAUGUAUCAAAUGCUGUGCGAAAAAAAAUUAUCGGCGUGACAAGUGGAACAGCAUCAUUUUUCGGUAGGAAUCUUAAAUCAUGA